CAUGAACACUGGAUUCCGUUUUGUGUUCAAUAUUGUUUGAAUUAUUCAAUAGAUUUGUAGAGUGUUUGAGACUGAGAAUAUAAAUUAUAAAUAAACAAAAUCAGAAUGGUUUCGAAAUGUGCAGUAGUUUUGGUUUUUAUAGUUUUAAGCAUAUCAACCGAUGCACAGCAUAAACUUUCGAAGAGAUAUUUACUCUUUCCUAGGUACACACAAAUGCAGUGCAGUACGGGACUUACAGUACCUUUAGUAUUACCAAGGCGAUCUAUUAAUUUGAGUUUGGUAGGUCAAGCAAAUUAUUUUUUACCCUGGAACGUGUCAAAUUUAACUCCCCAAACUAUUGCGGCUAGGGAUAAAACGUCAUUUUUUUAUAUGGGGCGAAGAACGGUUUACAAAUAUAUCAUGACAUUUUUAGACAGUUUUGGACUAGACGGAGAACAAUGCCUACUAAGAUCCAUUUGUGAAAUAUCAGAGACACCUUUACAUAUAAAACAUGAUGAAACUUUAUUGGAAAAAUUAGUACACUUUAUUUUCACACCAUCUUUAGAUCUCAGACAUACAAGGAAAGCUUCAAAUAGUACGAGUCGAAAAAGAAACUUUUCAGAAAAGUUACUACUAGCUGAAAAAAUUGGAAAAAAUUACGGAGACUGUUCGGAUAUAUACUCAGAUUGUUUGGUGUCGUUAACGGAUUUAUUUACAAUAAAAUUUAACAUAUAUAUUUAG